CUCUCUAUAAAAUUGGUGUAGUUUCCUCUCUCUUCUCAUUGAUAAUACUAGUAUUGUAUUAAUAAUUCUCCAUGGCGUUUGAGGUUGGUGGUCUACUUCUCAUCAUCAUCCUCCUCCUCCUCCCUACCUCCUCAUUAAGCUCCGCUUCGGCUGUCCCUGGAAGAAAGAAUCACACCGGUGCACUCCACCAGAGUAGCUUUCCCGACGGAUUCAUUUUCGGGACCGCAUCUUCGGCUUAUCAGUAUGAAGGUGCCGCGGCAGUCGGAGGGAGGGGGCCGAGCAUUUGGGAUACCUUCACUCACCAACACCCAGAGAAGAUAGCAGAUAGAAGCAACGGCGAUGUGGCAAUCGACUCUUAUCAUCGGUAUAAGGAAGACGUAAAGAUUAUGAAAGAUAUGGGUAUGAAUGCCUACAGAUUAUCCGUUUCUUGGACAAGGAUCCUACCUGAUGGAACUCGAGGUGGAGGGAUCAACAAAGAAGGCAUUCAAUAUUAUAAUAACCUCAUCAACGAGCUCAUCUCCAAUGGCAUAGUGCCCUUUGUGACCCUUUUCCACUGGGACUCUCCCCAGGGUUUGGAGGACGAAUACGGAGGUUUCCUAAGCCACCGUAUUGUAAAGGACUUCAAAAACUACGCCGACAUUUGCUUCAAGGAGUUCGGCGAUCGGGUGAAGCAGUGGAUCACAUUCAACGAGCCUCUGACGUAUUGUGCGCAAGGAUACGCAUUCGGCGCCUUCGUGCCCGGCCGAUGCUCUCCUUGGGAGAACGCCAAGUGCAGUGCCGGUGAUGCUGGCCGCGAGCCCUACGCCGUAUGCCACAACCAGCUGCUCGCCCACGCCACGGCCGUCGAGCUAUACCGCCACAAGUAUCAGCAACAGCAGAAGGGACAGAUCGGUAUAACUCUGAACACAAACUGGUUCUUGCCCUACUCAAAGUCGAAGGCUGACGACGAAGCAGUCGAACGAGCCCUCGACUUCAACUACGGAUGGUUCCUGGAACCGUUAACUCGAGGGAAGUAUCCCUCAAGCAUGCAAAGUUUAGUCGGCAAUCGUCUGCCGGUAUUUUCUAAAACGCAGUCCGAGCUGGUUAAGGGAUCAUACGACUUCAUUGGGGUUAACUACUAUACUGCAAGCUACACUUACAGUGUUUCUCCACCUCCCAACAAUGUUAAUGCAACCUUUUCCACUGAUGCACAGAUUAAUGCAACAGCAAUUCGCAAUGGCAUCCCGAUUGGACCACAGGCUGCUUCAGGAUGGCUUUACAUCUACCCACCAGGAAUAAGACAACUCUUACUCUAUACCAAGUCCAAGUACAACAACCCAGUCAUUUACAUUACAGAGAAUGGUGUUGAUGAGUACAACAAUAAGACUGCAUCUCUUAAAGAAGCCCUAAAUGACGGCACCAGAGUUAGUUACUACAAGAACCAUCUCCUCUACGUGCGCCGAGCCAUCAGGGACGGUGUCAACGUGAGAGGAUAUUUCGCCUGGUCAUUGCUAGAUAACUUUGAGUGGGUGGAUGGUUACAGUGUCCGAUUCGGGAUAAAUUACGUGGAUUUUAACAACGGUCUGAAGAGAUAUCCCAAAAGAUCUGCUCACUGGUUUAAGAGACUCCUCCGGAAGUAGGUUACUGGAUAACAUGCUAUGCUUAUGCUAAUACUACAUGCUAAAGCACUGACAAGAGAGCUGCUCGAAUUUCUUGAUAUGUAAUGAUACUAGGAAAAUAACCUUGUACUUGGCACUAUAUUGCAAUGAUUUAUAAGAUCUCCAGUUUUUUUUAAAAAAAAAAAUGUGUGCUUGGGCAAUGCAAUAGCCUUAAGAUUAAGAUCAUCCAAAGAAAUGGGUAGACAAAUGGGAUGAGAAUCAAAGGAUAGAUUAUGGUGCAAUUUCUAACAUUCGAACAAUUAUCAAUCAGCGCU